GCGAUGGAGGUGCCGCCACCGCCCCCGCCCCGCACGACGGAGGAGAACGUGAGCAGAGCAUGGCACUGGCGACGCAGCCGCUGAGGCUCCGCGUCGGAGCGGCCUCUGCGGCGUGCCGGCCUCCGAGCCCCGGCAUCCGGGCGCGCGGUGGCGGGAGGAGGACGACGCGGUCCGUGGCUGUGGCGGCAGCGGCGGCCGAGGGGAGGGCGGCCGUGAAGGGGGCGGCGGCGGCGGUGGUGCGGGAGUUCUACGAGGGGGUGAACCGGCGCGACCUGGCGGCGGUGGCGCCGCUGAUCGCGGAGGGGUGCGUGUACGAGGACCUGGUGUUCCCGCGGCCCAUGGUGGGGCGGGACCGCGUGGUGGGCUUCUUCGGCGAGUUCAUGGGCUCCGUCAGCCCCGACCUCCGCUUCGUCAUCGACGACAUCUCCGGGGAGGACCCCUCCGCCGUCGGCGUCACCUGGCACCUCGAGUGGAAGGGGCGGCCGUUCCCGUUCAGCAGGGGCUGCAGCUUCUACCGCUGCGAGCCCGACCCGCAGCGGCCGCAGCAGAUCCAGAUCGUGUAUGGCCGGGACUGCGUGGAGCCGGCGACCAAACCCGGCGAGCUGGCGCUGGUGGUCAUCAGGGGAGUCACCUGGAUUCUGGAGCGCUUCCCUAGCCUUGCCGACCGGCUCUGACUCCAUCCUCACAGAAUGAAGAUGAUCCAUGGUUGUAACGGGGUACAACUCUCUCGUCUUGAUAUGCCAUGACAUGCCAUCCGUGCAGGCUUCUUUGGUUCUCAGGUAGAAAUGUCUCUUCAGUUUGCACUGUAAAUAACGCGUAGUGUACAUUCGGUGCUGUAAGUAAAAAGCGCAGGCAUAUCAUCAAGCAAAUUCGUUUUCCAGGCAUGGUUUUGUCCUAAUUAGUGAGCAGCAUCUUCUGCCUAGACCAAUGUGGUCCAUUGGUCAUAUAGGAUCAUCUUCUGGUACAGGAAUGGUGCUUAGCUCAGAUGAACCUACAUAUGAAAGUAAAUAUGAAGUAUUACUUACUUUGUAAGCUGCAAGCAUUAGAAGAAGGUGUGCAGAUUAUAUAUGUACAAGUUUUUUACCGGAUCCUCCAAACUAAUCCUUCAGUAGCCUGCAAAUCA